AGUCACAGGAAUGUAAUAAUUUUGACUUCAACUCUAUACUGUAUAUUUCAGUAUAUUUAUAUGUAUUUGUUACAUACAUGCUUUAGAAUUAGAAGUUCUAAAGACCACAUGUACACAACAAUUUUAGGAAAACUCAUGUUUUGCUUUAAUUAAUAAAUAUAUAAUGUACAGUUAACUGAAGUUGAACUAUUGAAAAACUAAUGAUUAAUUCAGAUGUUAAAAUGUAUAUUAAAAUUAAAUAAACUUGCAUAAACAUACUUUUCUGACCCAUAUGGUUUAUAAAAAAUGACCUUUCCUGCAGUUUAUCACAGCUCUAAGUGAAUGAAAACAUUCAAAGUUUUAAUUCUGAAAGAGCACAAUGUACAAAGUUAUUGCCUAUUAAAUUAAAAGUCAACACAGAGUCAUUAAAAUGAGCCAUUUCAAAAUGUCUUCCGACCUGUUUUAUGUUGAUGUUCUAUCUAGACAAUAUCAUGCCGAGAAGUUUCUGUGCUUUGCACUCUGAGGGAAAAUCCUAUUUAUAUUUUUAUGUUGGACUAGGCUGUGAAAAGUACCUUUUUACACCAAUACCACACGAGUAAAGCCCAAAUCUUCAGUGUUAACAAUUUCCUGUAGAAAAACUUCAUGGCAGCAUUUCACAGCAAACAGCAUGUAUUAAUAAGGCAAGAAUAAAGCCAUGUUGUCUGUUCAUAAACUAUAUAUUCAACAUUUGAAAAGCCGUAAUCCAGUAACAGUGAUGGAUGUUUGUUUACCAAAAUGACCAUUAGACCAAUCACAACAGACUGGCUCAUCAGACUAAUCACAGCAAAUUGGCAAAGAAGGAGUUUGAAAAAAAAAUUUUUUUUUUCAGUGACUCGUUUGGAAGUUAUUUAGCUAAAAAGGCCAAAAUAAAUACAUAGUAAAGUUUUUUUUUUUUUUUUGAACAUGCAUGUUGACCUGUUCUUGGGGACUCGAACAAUUUAAAUAUGAACCUUUCAUAAUCCAUAAUGGAGCACUUUAAAAAGAAUAAGUGAUUAUUGUUAUGUGGAGCAUGCUACAUUUUAUCAUAUUUAAAGCAAUUUAAAAAUGUCUUGUUAAAUCUUCACUCAAAAAAGGUUUUGCUGCUUGUUCAAACUACGUAUUUAAAAGGAGCUGAAUCAACACAUUUCAGACUCUUUAGGGACAACUUAAUGUGAUCUGUUCAGUCCAUUUAAAAUUGUAAAAAAAAUUAAGUCAACUUAUUGUUUUGUGUUGGGACAACAUGAAGGAAUUGUAUGAAACUCCUGAUCCUUAUGUCAGCCUUAAUACACUGUAAUUUUUAAUGUCAAUAUAUUUUUGGGUAAAUAAAUAGUGUUAUCUAGAAUGGCAUUAUAGUGUGUGUAUUCUAAAAUAUGUAAUGUAAAAGAUAUCUGCUGUACACUUUAAUUGUUUAGAUGCUUAGAAGACUCUUUUAUCUUUGGCCCAUAUAUAGAAAAGUAACUUGUUAAAAAGUGUUUUGGUUUGUGUGAGGUUAUGCCUUCACCACAGCAUAAAAAAUAAAGCAUGAUAUUUCCGCUCUUCACAAUUUUUUUAAACAAACUCUCACAAACUUUUUCAAUGACGUUUGAAGUGCUUUGAAAGUUCUCUUGACUUCAGUUCAGACACCCACUCAGCUUUGUGUCUGUGGCGUUGUAGAUCCUCCCUCUUCCUCAAUCUCUGGCACAAGCGACAAAACAAACACCAGAUUAGACCUCUAACAUGCUAACAUGCUCCUCACCGCCAAUAAACACAGGUCUCAGCUGUGGUUUCAUUGUUGUGACUACUUUUUUUUUGCUUACCUUUCUGAGGUGUAAUCAUCUUAGGUGGGAUUUGCUUUACUGAUGCUGCUUGCGUCCCUCUUUGUGCAAAAUCAAAGUCGAAACAAACAUUUCAAGCUCACUUGCAAACUGAGGAAGUUGUGUUGCCCGCUGCUGCGUCACCAUUCAAACCAGCAGGAGGAAAUAGAGCAGCAUUUGUGCUUGAUAGUUUCAUGUAGCACUUGCUCCUCAUUAAUGCGCUCUGUGUCUGUCCAACUUCAUUUACUGCAUUCUGCUCAUCUCAUUCUUGAACCCUGCUUAUAGUCAGUUGGGGUGUGGGGUUUGUGGGGGCGACCAGAUGGCCCUCAGUGUGUAGUUUUGAGGAGAAGCCAUUGGGGACGUGUGUGUGGAAAGGAGAGGUAAGGUGCAGGCGAGCGAUGGGAUGCUGCAGUGUUACCCAAAGGCAUACGGGGACUGAUGAAGUGGGCCCAGAUGAGAUUGAACUCUUGGAGAUCUCCAAUGCAGGGCUCUGGAGUCUUGCUGAAAGCCGCCUACAAACUUCCACAAGGAAUGGCACAGAUGAAGGUCCUCAGCGCUGCCCUUCUGUAAGACACCUGAAGCAAGAGGAUCCGGAUCCUGUUUCUGUGAGGAGGGACUCAAAGCACAACAAUUCACAACUAGCGGUCUGGGGCUGGACGAAAGAAGAGCUUCAUUAUAGACUGUAUACUCAGCCUAUUAGAGAAUGGGAAGGACGAGCACCACACACUUAUGGAGACAUUAUCCACUCAUCUUCUGUUUAUUUACACAGUGGAUACACAAAGGCUAUGAGCGAAAGAUAUCUGGUUUUAUUUUCCUUCCACUUGUUAAUCCUUGCUUUGGACGGUUCCAAUCGUGAUUUUAUAUACGAGGGUAUUCUUCCUCUCUCAGCCAUUGAAGUGCAUCUGAUCCCACAGCAGGACUCCAGUUCGCCACAUAUGUUUGAGAUUAGUGGACCCAUGGUGGACUCGAAGAUCUUCAUUUGUGCUGGUGCUGCUGAAACAAAAGCCUGGAUGGAGAACAUUGAGGACAGGCGAUACAAGUCUGUAAGACAACAGCUGAGCCCGUCUCAUAGUGCUCUCUCAUACCUGGUGCCGUGUGAUGAAAACUGGAAAAAGGAGGAGCUGAAAAGAUACUUGCUGCGGUCUCCCAUCAUGCAAUGGGAAGGAGUCCCCAUUCAGCACAUGGGACAUCCAAGAUACCUCUCACUGGUGCACAUCAGCAACGUAUAUGCAAAGAGCCGGCAUUUGCAGGGACCUCAGGAGCGUUUGCUUGUGCUCUUUCCAAGUGACCUGCUCAUUCUGUCUCUCGAUUGCCAUCGCAUACGUGUGAAAUAUGAGGGUCGUCUGCCACUAAAGAGCAUUAAAGCCAUGGAAAGAUCAGCACUGCCUGGCAGACUGGAGUUUGAACUAACAGGUGAACUGAUGGAGCCUCUGCUUGUCUCCUGUAUUUACCCUGAGGACUAUCAAAGCUGGAUCUUCCAGUUACAACAGCCUGAUAAAAUGCCAGAUUCACUGCCUCAUCACACUCCUCCACCUCUGAUACCGAAGAAGCGCAGGAGCUGAAUAUAAUGUGACGACUGGGUAUUAAGAUGACUGUGAACAUCACAAAUAUUCCUAUGAAUGAAAGCUGCUGAGGAGGACACAAGAAUAUUUUACUGUUGCUUUUUAUAUACUUUUGUAAAUAUCUAAACUGCUCAUGUGAAAGGGGUUUUCAAUAGCUGUGAAACUCAGUAAUUGUUACAAUCUGCUCCAUUUCUGUGGUAGAGAGUGGUGUACACAGAGACAGGUACCACACAUGCACACAAACAGUAAAGUACAAUGUAUAAAAUAAAUAUAAAUGCUUAAGAUGUAUAAAAUUAAUUUAAUUAGAAGUUGUUCAAGUUUUCUCUGAGCUAAACUGUCUUUAAAUAACAUAGAGCAAAAUACAUCCCCUACCAAAUAGCAUUUUCAACUACAUUUAUGUUUCAAUAGCAACAUAUGUGUCCAAAAAAUCAGUUUUUUUCUUUAUUAUUUUUAACAUUUUUUUCAAAAGUGUUACUCCUUUUAAAACAAUUUGUAAUAAUUAAUUUAACUUAAAAGUUUAGACAGUGGGAGGUUUUGGGUAACUAAUCUUUUUCACUGGUUUCCCAUGCUCUCUGUCCAACCCAUGUCUUUAUUUAUGGACAUGCCACUUCCUGCAGGGUAGAAGCUAGUAAUUAUGCACAUGAAAGUUCACAGACAGAGUAAGUGGUAAGUUUAAACCCAGAUUUAGGGCCUGUCCCAGUUCUUACACUUUCAGUCUGUCCCAGGUCUAAAAACAGCAAAUUCAGUGCCCUUAACACACACUAAAUUAAUCCACAAACUCUAAUAUUGCUUUAGGGCAGUAUUUGAGGCUAUUUAAAAAGUAUUUCAUCCAUCGUCAUGUUUGGGGAGAAAUUUAUAAAAUCUUUGCAAAUGCUUUUUACUGCUUAAUUAGAAGCAUCACAAAUAAACUGUGGCAUAUCUGGUCUGCUAACAGAAAUGUAGAUGUGUAUUUUUAAAAAUGCAAAGUUUUAAAUGUACAAAAUGUGUAAAUAAAUAUUUGUGAAAACUUUACCUU